UCUGCGCGCUCCAAGGCUUUGUGUACAACUCAUGCGUGUGUCUAUCGAUUGGGUUUUGUGAAGCUUUAUCCACAGCCGCUGUGCGUCCCUCUCUCCGGGUGUCAGUGCGCGCGGUGGGUGGGGUAUUGGGCCCCUGCGGGUCUUGGUGGAUCUGGCUUGGAUCUUACUCCCAGGAGCACUUAAGUGUGUGUGUGUGUGUGUGUACGCGCGCGUGCGUGUGACCAGUCCUGCCCCCUCCCAGGUAUGGGUACUCGUGUGGCCCGAAGAUCUGAGGGUCACAUUACAUGGCUUCUGGGUGUCUGUGGGUACUGCUGUGGGAACAGCUGCUGGGGGAGUGAGUGUGGAACUGGAGUGUUCCUUUCAGGACCUGUCUGACUGCAGAUGAAAUUAGAGAGUAAGUGGUGGGGUCGUGGGGUGUGAAUGGUGGGCAGGAGCAGCUGUGUCAGUUGGUGUGUUUCUGCUUAUGUUAGGGUAAUUGGGCACGGCCUUUGUGUAACUGGUGAGUAUCUCUGAACCUGUGCAUGAAACAGAGAGAUGUCCUAACUCUGGGUGAGAGGAAUCCUCGUUUUUCUCUGCCCUCUCACUGUGGCAUCCUAAGAAAAAAGUUUUGGGUUCGUGCAGCAUGAAGGAGAGCUCUGCUCCCAGAAUUUGGGAGCUCCAGAUUUCUUCCAGGGUGUGGAGGCAUCAAUAUGUCAUGUCUGGGGAAGGGGUUCCUGGGCCACUCCAGGAGCUGAGUUGGGUGGAAGGUGCUGAGGGUGUGGGUGGGGGCCACUUCUGAGCACCCAUGUGGCACCCACUGCUGGUCCCUGUUUGUGGCUGGGCACUCAGGAAAAUGUUUUUGGUGCUAAGAGUAAAAAGCCAACCAACAAACACAUCUCUUUUUUCUGUCUAUUCCCUGGAAAGUAAAAGCAGUCUGGGCGCAGGCUGGGGACCCAGAUGGAAUUCAAACUUAUCCCUGCUCUCAAGGUGCUCACGGUUGCUGUUAAACAGCUGGAUAAAAUGAAGAGUCUAUGAGUGAGGGAUGCAGAGCCAGGGAAGGCUGGUGGAGUGAUGCCACCAGCAUAGGGGUAUGAGUUUGCAGGUUUGUACGUGAUAAUUCUUAGGGAAUCUGCAUUCAACUCCUGUCCCCCACCCUCCCAUACAUGCCAUGGGAUCUUGGCCAUGUUUUAUGAAAUGGAGACAGUAAUUCCGGAUCGUGGGGCUGAUGAGGGUGAUAUGAGAUACUCCUGCAUGAAGUGUCGGGUACACGGCUCAACAGCUAGUAGGUGCUUGGUAAAUAUUUACUAAAUUGAGACUCUGGAAAGAGAGACGUAGUGAUAGAAAUGGGUUGUAAAGGGAAAAGAGCUUUAUACUCUCAUGAAAGGCCCUAUAUGUGCUAAGAGAAGGUGUCUGAUGCUAGUCCAUAUUGACAAGAAGGUCAGAAAGAUUGAAAAACAUGUCUUCCUGCACUGAGGCUCUUUGAGUUUCAUUCAUUCGUUCAUUCCAUUCAUCCUCACUUCAUUUGCUCAUAUUUACACACACACACACACACACACACACAGAGAGAGAGAACGAACCACAGUGCACUGGAGAAUAAACUCCGGCAUGAGAAUGCAGAGAAUCGUGUGUGUGUGCAUGUAUGUGUGCGUAGACACACUGGAGCAUGUGAGCCACUCUGCACCUGGUGAUCUCUGUAGCCCAUGGACUUGUGUGCCUAAGGCUCUGAGUGUAUGUGCCCUCAGGCCAUCAGUGUAUACAAGGAAUGAUGCAGUUCUGCUGUAGAUUAGGAAUGACACAUGCCAGGCAGGGAAGGGGGCUGAGGUGGGACCUGUCGGGGAGAGGCUCGAUCUGCCUAAGAGCACCGAUUGCCAACUCCAGGCCAGGAAGAAAACAAAGCAAAACUUCUAUCAGCCAAAUAUGGUCCCCGGGCUGUAAGUCAGUAUCCUCGAACGGGAAUGCACAUGUGCUGUCUGUGUCUGGGUAGGUGUGUGUUCAGGUUCUUGGGUGGGGUAACUCCUCUUGCAGCACAGAGAGUGUCCCUCUCCUCGCCUCUCCCUCCUGGUUCCCCUCCUGUGGUCCUAGUCCAGGUCCCCACCCUUCUGUUUACAUAGAGGCAUUUGGCUUUGACCUAGUCACGGCUCUCCCAUCUGCCCCUUCCUCUUGGCCCUUUUAGCCACGCUGUCCCCAACCUGCUGGCUUCCUUGCUGGACCCCCAUCCUCCACUUUGCCCCCUCCCAUCCCAUCAGUCCUCCUUUCUUCUGAAGCCGAGGCAGAUGUCAGCACUUCCUGCUCCAGCUCCUCAGCUCUGCAUGGCUCUCGGGCUCCUUGGCCUGGCUUUCAGAGUCCUCUGUGAGCCGGCCCCAGCUGGCCUCUGAGGCUGUCUGUUCCCCUUUCCAGAAUGCCCUCAUCACCUUCCAUUGCUGGGAAAUAUCCAAUUCAUCUUCUGAGAUCUGGCUCAAAUGCCACCAACUCCCAGAAACUUCCCUUCCUCUGUUCCCACAACAACUUCUGCAUUUCUACCCCCUCCUCCACCCUUCUGUCAUCCUUCCCUCAUACAGCAAGGUCCAUGGAUUGCACUGGCCAGGGUCUUGCAUGCACUAUUUUAUUAAAUCCUCUCAACAAACUUAUGAGGGAGGCAUUUUAUUCAUUACCAUUUUACAGAUAAGAAGAAGACCAAAUCUGGAGAGGUCACAUCACUUGCCCGAGCUCAAGUGGUGAAGGUGGGAUUUGAGCCUGACAUUCACGCUAUCUACAUUCCCUCCAUUAUAAUAGGAACCCAUCGCUAACACUGAGCACUCAGUGUUCUGAGUACUUUGUAUAGGUUAUCUCAAUCCUACUCCAGCUUUGCGAACUAGAGGGUAGUAGUAGUAGUAUUUUAUAGGUAGGGAAACUGAAGCCAGACAGGAUUAGUGAAUUGCCCACAGCCAUACCCCAGCUGGUGGUGGAGUGGGAUCUGGGCCUGGAUCGCACUGUUCUGUCAUUGUCUUAUUCCCUGUCUUCCCCUCUGUCUGGCAGACACCCCCAAGUGGGAAUCGUGCCUGACUCACCUUCAUGUGCUUGGGGACUGGUAUGAUGUCCUCCACAACAGGGAGAGGUUGCUACAUUCAACUGACUUUCUGUGUUCUCUUCCAGCUGCCAAGGGGCCAAGGGAUGAGCUGGGGCUCUCCUUCCCAAUGGCAUCUCCCCCUGGUCUGGAACUGAAGACACUGAGCAAUGGUCCCCAAGCCCCAAGGAGAUCAGCUCCGCUGGGCCCAGUGGCCCCAUCCAGGCAGGGUGUGGAGAAUGCCUGCUUCUCAUCAGAGGAGCACGAGACUCAUUUCCAGAACCCUGGGAACACGAGACUGGGCAGCUCACCCAGUCCUCCUGGGGGUGUCUCCUCACUGCCCCGAUCCCAGCGGGAUGAUCUGUCCCUUCAUUCAGAGGAGGGGCCAGCCCUGGAGCCCGUGAGCCGCCCAGUGGAUUAUGGCUUUGUUUCCGCCCUCGUUUUCCUGGUGAGUGGGAUUCUUCUGGUGGUGACAGCAUACGCCAUCCCCCGUGAGGCUCGAGUCAAUCCAGACACAGUGACAGCGCGGGAGAUGGAACGACUAGAGAUGUACUACGCCCGCCUAGGCUCCCACCUGGACAAGUGCAUCAUCGCAGGCCUUGGGCUGCUCACGGUGGGCGGCAUGCUCUUGUCGGUGCUGCUCAUGGUCUCCCUGUGCAAGGGUGAGCUGUACCGCCGGAGGACCUUCGUCCCCGGCAAGGGCUCCAGGAAGACCUACGGCUCCAUUAACCUGCGCAUGAGACAGCUCAAUGGGGAUGGGGGCCAGGCCCUGGUGGAGAAUGAAGUUGUCCAGGUCUCAGAGACUAGCCACACCCUCCAGAGGUCUUAAGAACUAGCCCACCUUAUCUGGCUGCUUUAGCUCCAGUGCUACAAAGUCCACCCCCCACUCCCGCCCGCACGACCCCUGCCAAGGCCUGGGGUUUCAAACUGAGCUCACAUAGGGCCUUGUGGAAGAAGUCCUGGGUGCUGGAGGGAGAGCUCGGGGCCCAGCCCAUGCCCCACAUGGGCAAGCAGCCCACUGAUCUGUUUUGUAGCUGAGGUUUUGCAUACGGUUUUGUUUGGAGGAUGGCUUCUGCUGCUAAAAAUAUAAAAGUUUGGAAACCGCU